AUGGCAACACCUGCGGAACGCCACCACAAACUACAAGGGGUGCUACAAACCGCUCCCUCCACCAUCCACAUCCAUCGAUCCCUCCAUGCCACUUUAUUCUGCCCGUUGACGCUCUUACGCUAUAUCGAGAUACGCUCACACUCACACUCACACUCACACUCACACUCACACUCAUACUCACGCACUUGCACUCACGCACUCAUCAUUCACUCAUUCACGUUCUCACUCACAUUCACACGCACCUACAUUACAUACAGAAUUACUUCCCCCUCCUACCUGCCUCCUGCACGUCGUCCUUGUUCGCAGAAAGUCCGUGCGACUAUUGGGCUCAGUUCUGUACAGGUGCAUCUCUCUUCUGUUAAAAAUCGAAAUAAUAUCAAUUUCUGGGUCCAGAAAAAACUAAAUCUCUUUACCUCGCUCAUCACUCAGCCACGGGAAACUCGACAUCCUCGAGCUUCUUCUUCCAUUGAUUCAUUUUCUUCUUCUGCAUUUGCACAUCUGUCCCUGGCUUGCUUGUAG